AUGGGCUUCCAUACGCAGUAGCCCUUAUCCUUUUUCGUCUUUUAGGCAUUGGGUCACCCACAUUUUGUUUUGUUGAGUUUUGAUGAAACUCCGUGUAAUCCCGCGCAGAGACGCAUCCGAGCUGCUGGGACGCAUGCGCAGUCCUGUCCUUAGGUUCGAAGGCGACCGGCGCAUUCACACCGAGAGUCCGGGAUCUGCAGCAUCCGCGGCGUCCGAUCCCCUCCACAGGCGUCCUGAACACACACCCACUGAUCUCUGAGCAGCUCUCUCACAUUCGGUUACCAAACACAAAGUCGGAGUCGAUCUGACCUGAACCGUCUGAUCCAUCCAGGCAGUUUUAGGCAGCGGAGCAGCCAUGGUGAAGCUGGGCAGUAAUCUGUCUGAUAAGAUGGAGAAGCAGCCAUCAGCGGAUGAUGGCUUUGAUAACAUCCCCCUCAUCACACCCCUGGAGGUCAGCCAGCUCCAGCAGCCAUUCGCUGAUAAGGUCAUUGUGAAGACGAAGACACAGUUUCAGCUGCAGCAGCAGCAGAAGAACAAGCUGUAUGUUCCUGAUAUCAAGAAGCUGAACAUCAACUUCUACACUGAUGUCUCAGAUAAAGUCAAGAUUACAGGACUGAUCCUCAUCACGUUGGCCUUCUUGACCAGCCUGCUCUUUCUGCUCAUGUACAAAGCCAUGUGGUACGACCAGCUCACCUGCCCAGAGGGGUUUGUCCUGAAGCAGAAGCACUGUACCCCUGCGGCUCUGGAGAUGUAUUACACAGAUCAGCAGCAGCAGCAGGGGGAACCAGGCCUUCCCAGCAGCACUAACACCGGCUUCUACGCCUCUCUCAGCCACCUCAACCAUGCCAAGAGGACUGGGCCCGAGCUGCCAUCAUCAUGGUUACCAGUCAUCAGCGCUGUGAAGGAGGCAGAGGAGGCUAAAGAAGGCAGCGAGACACUAAAAUCAGGGCCAGAGGGACAAGAGUGAAGGUGCUGCUGAAAGGUGUGGUUGAACAGGUGGAAACUCACAACGUAGUGUAUGUUUUUGUCCAUGUGUGUGUGAGAUUGGAUAAUCUAUGACCUCUAAUCUGUAGGCUCCAAAUCACAACAGUUAAGAAGAGACAUUUUCAGGAGUCAGGCCUGGUUUUAGGCUUGCAAAUAGUUAAAGGGAUCCCCGAUUAGUUGUAACAUUAGACUUUAUAUGAUAAACAUAUAAUUUAACUGUAAAAUAAUGA